UGCGGCGCCCUGGAGCACCUGCUGCUCAACGACAACCUGUUGGCCGUGCUGCCGGCCGAUGCCUUCCGCGGCCUGCGCCGCCUGCGCACGCUCAACCUGGGCGGCAACGCGCUAGGCCUCGUGGCGCGUGCCUGGUUCGCGGACCUGGCCGAGCUUGAGCUGCUCUACCUGGACCGCAACAGCAUCGCCUUCGUGGAGGAGGGCGCCUUCCAGAACCUCUCGGGCCUCCUGGCCCUGCAUCUCAACGGCAACCACCUCACCGUGCUCGCCUGGGCCGCCUUCCAGCCGGGUUUCUUCCUGGGCCGCCUCUUCCUCUUCCGCAACCCGUGGCGCUGUGACUGCCACCUGGAGUGGCUGCGGGACUGGAUGGAGAGCUUCGGGCGCGCCGCCGACGUGCCGUGCGCCUCCCCGGGCUCUGUGGCCGGCCUGGACCUCCGCCAGGUGGCCUUUGGGCGCUCCUCUGACGGCCUCUGCGUGGACCCCGAGGAGCUGAACCUCACCGCGUCCAGUCCAGGCCCGCCCCCAGAGCCAGUGGCCACCACAGUGAGCAGGUUCAGCAGCCUCCUCUCCAAGCUGCUAGCCCCGAGGGCCCCGCUGGGGGAGGCGGCCAACACC